AUGACAGAUCAUCACGCCGAUUUGGAUAAUAUAGAUGAUGAUGUAGAUUAACAUCAAAAUGAUAAAUAUGAUAACAAAAAAAAGAGCUAUGAUCGUAAAGGAGAACGCUACUUCCAAGUUGAUGAUGGUUAUGAUAAGAGAGUAUAUGAGAAUGACUGGACAAACGUCUUUGUCAUAAUUGGAGUCUUCAUAAUUUACUUUGGUUUGAACAUUCUCUAUUGGUGGGGUAUGGUUGCCUUUGGUACUGCUUAUCCAGAUGAAGCUCAAUGGUACAGUAUAGCAGUUUUCAUAUUCUCCCUUAUUUGGAUCGGAGGAAUGCUAAUUUCAGGUCACAAGGCUAAUAAGAAGCUACACAGAUGGGAAUUCUAUUUGGAAAAGAUCAAUGAUAAGGAGUAGGAGAAUAGAGAGUACGAGUAAAGAGAGGCAUAAAAGAGAGAGCAGGAGUUGAAACUUGCCUAAUCAAAGGGCCAAGCCUCAACAAGAGCUAUGUAAAAGGAGGAAGAACAUAAAGCCAACUAAUUGACUGAUAGAGACCACGAGAGCGACCAACAACUUGAAGGUUCACAACUGCUCAUGCAAGAAUGA